AUGUAUUAUAUAGGUACUGGAUAUAAAUGUGUACAUGGAUAUGUGUGCCAAUAGUCAUUAGACAGAUCACUGUAAAUAAGUUUGAGACUUGAACAAAUUAAACAGAAUGCAAGUGUUGAAGUGUGUGUCAUGCUGCAACCUAUCCUGACCCCUCAUCCCCAACAAUUCAUCAGAACAACCAAUCACGACCGUAGAAUUAGCUGACCCCCAUUUCCCAAAACUUUGUCCAUCUGUCGCUUUGCACCAAUAUUUAGUCUGAACCGCUCAAUAUAUUUUUCUUCGCAUCCCAAGAAAAUGACUGUCAGUGCCACCUCAUCAUUUCCCUCCUAUAAAUAGGUCCUCUUGACAGUUUAUUCCUAGGACCAACCGGCCACCUUUUCUCAUAUUUUCACUAAUCAAGUUCCACUCCUUGUUGACCCAGAAGCAAAAAGCUCAAUUUUUUUCUUUGCAAAUUCAUUCCCCCCCAUGGAAGUCUCAAAACCCCAUGAAGAAUCUAUGGAGUUUGAUCCAAACUCCAAUGAGAACUCACCAAGAUUGCUUGAUGUGCUGAAAUUUUCAGUGCUAAAUUUUGUUUUGGAUGGAGCUGACAAGGUGUUGAAAGAUCCAAGAACACUCAAAAACCACCUUCAUGUCUCAAAUGGUAUUGCUCUGCAAGAAUAUCACUUGGAUUCCAAUGAAAAUGGUACUGAAGAUGGAAAUUCUAGUAUGGACACCAACAGGGUUCAUGGAGGAAAUGUCUUUGAAGGAAAAACUAAAAGGGUUCGAAAUUCUUUGCAAGAAAAUGAAAGGGUAUGCAACUUAAUUCGAGCAAAAAUUACGGAAAUCCUUCAGAAGUGGUAAAUUUUUCAUCAAUGGACUUUAAUUUAUUCCCUAUAAAUUUUCUAGCUUUCGUCGCUCUGUCACUGAUGAAAAUUAUAGGAUUUCAGAUGAGUCUGUUCUUCAGCUUUUUCACAUUUCCAAUAUGGCUAUCAUAUGUUUGUUUAAUGUUCUUGCUAUUUCCCCUACAAACACUAAGAAGAAUCAGAGGGUAUUUCAUGAAAAAGCUGUUACGAAUAUGGGGUGCCGCUGAAACCUCUGUUACUUCAGCUGUAUCAAAGCGUGUCAAAGCACAAAAAUCGAUAGCAGUGAGGAUUGGUUUUGCUUUCUUCAAGUCAAUCUAUGUCUGUUCCAUGCUUGUCGGAUUGCUAGCAUCAGGGUUCAUACUGGGGGGAUUUAUGAUGAGAAAGCUGGUUGAGAAGCCAAUUCACACAAGAGAGAUCCUUAAUUUCGACUACAGCAAAGCUAGCCCUGUUGCUUUUGUGCCAAUCAUGUCUUCUGGUGUUGGAAAUCCUUCGAGCCUGCUUUCUAAAGUUAAUUUAGAAUCAGGGAAGCCCAGCAGCACACGUACUAUUCCUUAUAAUCACAAAUUGCAGCUCACUGUUUCAUUAACCGUGCCUGAAUCCGAGCACAACCAAAAUCUUGGUGUCUUCCAGGUUAGAGUUGAGUUCCUGUCUGCAAAUGGUAAUGUCACAGCUAGUUCAAGCCAUCCAUGCAUGUUGAGGUUCAAGAGCUUACCGAUCCGCUUAGCACAGACUUUACUUAAAAGUGCUCCUCUUGUUGCUGGUUUUCAAUCAGAAUCCCAAAUUCUAAACAUACAUAUGACAGAAUUUACCGAAGGACUUGAACCGACAGCAUGCUUGAGAGUGAUACUGGAGCAACGAGCAGAAUACGAACCCGGCAAGGGUAUACCUCAAAUUUAUGCUGCAUAUCUAGAUCUUGAAUCUGAGCUUCCAAAGUUGAAAAGGUUUAUUUGGUGCUGGAGGAGAACACUCUUUAUAUGGAGCAGCAUGAUAUCAUUCUUGACAGAGUUGGUGAUCAUCCUAGCUUUUUUCAGGCCAAUUAUUGUCCCAAGAAGAACUUGUCAUGUUAGGAAAACAGUUUUGAGGGGUUCUGAUCAAUAAUUUGCUGGCCCUUGAUUGCAAAAAUAUGAAGCAAUAAUUUGAACUCCAAGGAGAUUCACAUUAUUAAUAACAAUGGCAUUUGCAAUUUGUGUACGGACAAAUUAUUAUGAUGAAAGUGAGAAACGAUGAAAUAAUUGCAGAACUAAAUCUAAGCGGUAUAUCAACUAUUAAUUUAUUUCUCAUCUAUUAGCACUAGCAACUUUUGUUUUUAGCUAUCCUCCUUGACAAAUGGUUAUACAACUUUUAAGUUCGUAUGAAUACCGAAUGCUACAAUAAUCAACGUUGUUGCUAACUGAUUUGACAACAUUUAUUAUCUUGUAUUGGAAUUCACUUACUGAUUAAGAAUAUUCAGUUUAUAUUAAACUAGAUUUCGCUUGAAUCAAUUUUAAGAAACUCCAGAAAUAUCUUUAAUCUUUUUAACAAUUAAACAGUAUUCAAAAUAAUUACAAAAAUAAAAUACCGCCACAUAAUUAAUCUGUUUUUUUGAACAAAAAUAAAUUCAAAAUCUUUAUAACAAUCAAAAUCAACUAAUUUUCAAAGACAUUAAUUUUUAAAUAACUGAAAAACACAUUUUUUAGAAUAACUAAAAAAUAUUAUAAUAGCACAUUAAUUAAUCUCUUUUUCCUUAACAUCUCCAUUUAAGUUAUUAUUAUUAUAUAUAGACUAUAAAUUUUAUUAUUAGAUCAUUUGAUUUUAUUUAAACCAAUACUUUUUUAAUUUUUAAACAUAAAAAUAAUAAAAAUACGAUAUUUACAACACUUUUAAGUUUAAAUACUAUUACCUUAAAAAUAAAGCGAAAAAAUAAAAAGCAGCCUCAAAAAGAAUACAUCAAAACCAUCUUAAUGCAUUAGAAAAUUUUCUCACAUAACACCAUGAUUUUUGCAUACAUCUUAACCAUUAAAUUUAUUAUAAUGACAUAGCACAACAUAGUAGAACCAAAUUGAGAUACCCAAAUCCAACUACAUACAUCUAUUUCUAUCCAUCAUAUGAA